AUGAGUGUUUACAAUCGAUAUGCUUCAGGAGAAUACGAUAAGACGCAUUUCGAAAAGGCAAACAAAAGUAAAGAUGAUGAUGACAAGGUAGGAUUGAUACAGAUUUCUCCAUUAUUAGGCCAGUUCAGCACGUCGGAUAUUUUACAUAAAUUUAAUGAAAAAAAUAUUGAAGAGUGGUUAGCUAUAUUUCCAAAAGCUGCAUAUUUUAAGGGAUAUGAUGAGACAUUGUUUGGGAAUGUUGUAAUCAUGGUUUAUGAAAAUUUGCAUACUGGGAAGUUAAACACCACCUCGUUUAGUAAAUUUGGUGUUACAUCUUACGAUAAUUUAGUGUUAGAUGCUAGAUCGAGGUUUUGGCCGAGUUGUGAAAAUUUGUUGCCCACCUAUCAAAAAUCUAACGUUAGGAGGAGUUUAGCUAUAACUAACUUGAAGAACUAUAACAAGCUUUCAAACAGUCCGGGAAACUUUGAUAUCAAUAAGAGCUGGGACGAAACCUAUGCAGGUAAUUUAGCAAAUAAUAUGCAAUUGAUUUCAGAGAAGAGACCUGAAAAAUUUGGAUUGAAACUCUUAGAGUUAGGUUUACUUCAAACUCAUUGUAUACAAUCCACUGUUUUAGAUGUUAUUUAUGAUAAUUCAUCAUCAGAAACAAGUGAUAAGAUAAUAGAAGAGAACAAUAAAUUGGUUUUCUUAAUUGGGACUCAGAUGGAGCAACUAUUUGAUCCUUUAUUGGAAUAUUCACCAGAGAUUAUGGAAUUCUCUUAUACUGUGCCGACAGAUACUAUUCCACCUAAGAUAAAAAACAAUGAAUUGAUAAAUACAAUCAUAAGCGAGUUGCUUACUGUACAAACAAAUUUUACAAUGGGUUUGGUGAACUUGUUACAGAAUUUUAUCAUUCCAUUGCGUAUCCAUGUUUUAGCGGCCUCAUCUUCUUCAGGUAUUACAAAAAUUAAUCAAGUUUUUCCCCCAACAAUAGAUGAAAUCACCAGAAUAAACUGUAUAUUACAUGAUUCUUUGAAAAAGGCAUCCGCGUUUGGAUAUGUUGAAAUAAUGAAAGCUAUUGGUACUAUAAUGCCAUAUUUUUAUAAAGCAUUUAUUAGACACGAAGCAAAUUUAAAGAACUUUAGAAAUAAAUUAGCAAAAUUUCACAGUAAAAACGAAAAGAAAAUAUUUGGCAACAGUAUGAUAAAUAAAGGUAAUUUUGGGAUAAGGGAUAUUGAUUCAAUUGUAGCUGGGUCUCUAUUAGAAUUGCCCAAACUUAAGUUGAUACUUGUCAGAUUGAAGGAUUCAAUCAUUUCUGAAAAAACGAAAUUAACAAAUUUUGAAGAUGAACCAAGCGAUGAAUUUUCUACAAUUGAAAGGUAUUUUAAUUCUGCAAUAGAUGUCAUCGAUGCAUUCGGAUUUGAGGAGGAGCGUAAUGAAACACAAAUAGAUAUUCGACAAAGGGUUUUCACUCCUACUGGAAAAAUAUUGACAGAAUUAGCGUCUAAAUGGCCAUCCGAAUUGCAAUAUGGAUGGCUAGCACGUAAAGUAGUAGGAAUUUAUGAAAUGAGAAAUAUAAAACCUUUUAAUAAUUCAUUUUAUGAUUUAGAUAUUUUGAUUAUAUUCUCAGACCAUAUACUAUUUUUGACUAUCGUGGAUGAUGCAUAUUAUUGUGAAAGAAACAAUCAAUCAUUUAAAAACCUUUCUGUUUCCGACAUUUUGAUGCAUUCACUAGUAAAUGAUAAGCCAUUACCAAGUUUGAAGCUGCUACCUUCGAUGGAAGUAAAUUGCUGGUGUAACAUAAACGAAGUAAUAACAACUACUUAUAAAGGAUUAUCUCCUAUUACAUCGAAGACUCAAGAAUUUCUAAAAUUUGUAAAUAUUUCUAAGACAGGGUUUAAAAAUAACAAUGAAGACAAUUGUACUAUUAGUAAAAGUUACGAAAUUUUAGAUGGGAGUGAUAGGGGAAACAUCGAUGGGUGCAAAAUAAUAGAGUUAAUAAAUAAGUCAACGGUGCUAAAUAAAAGGAAACCAUUCCAUUUGUUUAAGUCAAAUGAUCCAAAACUACAUGUAUAUUCUAUUGCGCAAGAACUAUCCGCAUAUCAGGAAGAAACUUGUAAAUCACCAAUGGCAUUGUACUUGAAUUUACCGAUUCAUAAUUCAAAAAAAUAUUUUGAAGAAAAUCAAACUGUUCACUUUGUAUUAAAUGCAUCUUUUAUAAAUGACCAUCAAAUUCAUAUAGUUGGUUUUAAUAGGGCUGAUACAUUUGAAUUAAACGAAAUAAUUUCCUCUAAUGAUUUACAAGUUUGCUUGAAAGAAGCAAUAGUGAAGAAUUUUAGUUUACUAUUUAACAAUUUUAGUAAUAUUUCAAAACUACUUACUCAAAGUUAUGCUUAUGACGUGAAUUAUUGUGCAAAUAUUUUUACACAAAUUGAUGAGAUUCAAUUAAAUAAACAAAGACUGGAAAUUGCAAAAAAUAAUCAUAUAUCAUCUGAUUCCAAACUUAGAACAAGAAAUGUAUCAGAAAUUAUAUCCAUACCAGAAGUUCAUAUGACAAAGAUCCUGCCUUCAACUACAAAUGCGGAAGAGCAAAAUCUCCAGCGGAGAAAGACGGAAAGAGUCCUCGUGGCAGAAAGUAAGAACUAUUCCAGAGAUGCAGAGGUCAAACAUAGUUCACAAGAAAUAUCAAGCAAGCGAAAUUCUAUAAUAAGGAAGGUUUUUAAAUCCAUUAGACGGUCUUUUGAUGGAAUUGAAAAUGCUACGCCUAAAGUUGAGGUACACGAAAGUAAAAUUAGUCCAUCUGUGCAAGAUAAUUCAUCGUUUUCUGGAAAGAAAAACGAGUAUACUAGCCUAUAUAAACCAUUACCUCAACUUCAAACAAAAGAAAAAAAAUUCACUGAAGUUAAUAAUUCAGAAGAAAUCGAGAGUAGAAAUGAUAUUCAAGCAUCAAGAGGAUGUGAUAGUUCUGUUCAACAAUCAAGAAAUACUUCGGGAUCUUUGGAUGUGAAUUCUCAUUUUGAAUUUCCACCACAUACUGAUUCACUCUCCGAAUCAAAUAACAAUACUAUUAUUUUAGUGGAUGAGUCUGAAAAGAAGCAUAAAAAGAAGCCAACAGAAGAGAGUAUUUUGAUAGUAGAUAGCGCAAAUUUGCAUUUAUCAAAUAAUACAAGUAGACUGGCAAAUGAGGACUAUGGAAAGUUCAACGUAGAAGACUUUUACGAUGAUGGAGAGGCAAAUUGGGUAUCGUUUUCUAUUGAUAAUUACUCACAGUUAAAUGCUGAAAUUAGAGCCUUGAAGGAAGAAGCGCAUAUGGAUACGGAGGAUGUUAUCGAAUUGAAUGAUUCAUCUAACACAUCAGAGUACGAAAUUCCAGAUGAAUAUGAAUCUAAAGGGUUUGAGGCCUUUUAUACUCCUCAGAAUCAACUGGUUGCGCAGUUUGGAGAUAAUCCAACAUUGUUGGAGACUAAUAGAGAAAUGUCAACCCAGUCUUUGGCGUCGUCUGAAAUAAUUGAAGUUUUUGGUAAGCAGAUCGAUUCUAAUUUUAGAAGUGAAUAUAUUCCCAGUUUAAAUGGAAAUCUGAACCUGAUUAAUUACAACAAGACAUUUGUCUCACAAAAUGAUCAUAGGUUCUCUGUUCUUACAAGUUCCGAAGAUGAGUUUUUUUCUUCAGAUGAUUUCGCGAGCAGCUUGCCACCUAGUAAUCUUAUGAAAUCUCCUACCCCCUCUCCAAUAAUUUUGAAUUCGAGUUCUAGUGAUGCAACAAUAAUUAAUGAGAACUUAGAAGAAAAGCUUCUACCAGCAAUUCCUGUUGACUACGAUAAUAAAACACUGGUAUCGUCGCAGAUACAUGAAAGUAUGCAUAGUCCUUUUGCCAGAAGUGAUUCCAUUAGUACUACAUAUGAAUCAAUGACUUACUUAUCGGAGAUUCUAAACGGUAAUUUAAGCUUUUAA